ACAAAUAUUCUAGUCUAUAUAAAAAUAAAAUAAGCAGAAUAUUGAGAAAAAACAAAACAUUUAAAUUACUUUUAAUUAACGUAGUUGUGUCGUUUUUUAUUAAAACAAUGCAGUACAAAAAAUAUACAUCUGGACGGUUUCAAACACGCCCAUCAUAUGCAGUUCACGUUUUAGAAAAUGAAGAUGUCAUUGAGGUUCCUUUUCCCACGGAAUACUUUUGCGCACCCCAGUUUUAUUAUAAAGAUCAAGAGCGGUUUCAAGUCAAGCCAAGACAAGUACAGGCAGCGUUAGCCGGCAUUAUGCAUAUUCCUAUUCCCAUGUGCUUGCCAAAACUUAAUGAGCAACAAGAAAAAUAUGCGUCGUAUUUGAAAAAAUCUUACCGUAUUGAUGACAUUUAUCUUUUGAAAGAUGAAGUUUGUAAAUUAAAACGAAAAGCGACAUCGGCAAUUACAGAUGAAAAUGGUGAACUAAGAAAGGGUAUAUUCAAUGACAAUAAUAGACAAACCCCAUUUGAGGCAGAACAGAGAUUAAAUUCUAAAAAUUUUAAUUAAGUAUAAUCGUAAAGCAAAAUGUGGUAGAAAAGUAAAGUAGCAAAAAUUAAAAAAAAAAAAUUUUUUGUAUGAUUCUUUUAUAUGAAUAAUAUAAAUUUUAAAAAUUCAUGCUCAGUCGUCAUUAGCGGUUUUCAAACAUUACAAUGGAUAUAAAUAGGUAUCUAUUCUAUUGUAGAAAAAACUUACUUUUUUUUUACAUUACU